CUUGGCUGACCCUCACAGCUUCCUUCUUUGCUCCUCUGAUCCUGCACCCUAAGGGAGAGUCCUUGUGAGUACUGCCUGAAGAUGACCUCUUGUGGCCAUCUCAGCCCCCAGGGGCACCCUCCAAGGAUGGUGAGGCCCCCAGGAACUUUGGCUCAUCGUGGGGCCAGCCUUCAAGACCCGAACUAUCAGGGCUUCCUGGAUCAGCUCAAGAAGCAGUUCCCUAGGUUCCCGCCUCACUUGCCGGCACAGGUGGACAGCAUUUACUAUUUGCUUCAGAAGAUUCGACAGGGUCUACAGGAACAUCACAGGCAGGCAGAAAAAUUCCUACAGAUCAUGGAGACGUGCAACCAACCCCUGGGCUUCCAGCCAGCAGAAGACCAGGUCAGCCAGGUCUCCUCUGAUGAGCAGGCUGACCAGGACUCCUCAGGACCAGCCAGCCCCAUUGCUUCCCAACUUCCUGGGGUCAAGCCCCCACAGCCCUCCAGUCUUCAGGGGCCAGACUUUGAAGAUGUCAUGGCCACAAGGUCAUCUGACUGGCUCCAGCAGCCCUCUGGAGUGGACAACGCCCCCGUUCACCAGCUAGACAUGCGGCCGUCCUGGGACUCUGAGCCCCAGUUUUGGCAGGAUGUUCUGACCCAGCAACUCUGGCAGAUUUUUGCUGGGACCUACAAUAAGGUGGACCAAGCGAGACAUAGGCUGACAGAACAGAUGCCAGACUUGGAAAGCCAGGACUCGGGACCACAGUACUUUGGAGCAGAACCCUGUACCGAAGAUGCUUUGGGUUCCCAAGAAGGGAGCACAGGGCCAGGCAUGGCGCCAGGGGUGAUGCUGCCUCACACGGCCCAGGAGCCUGCUGGGAGAACCCAUCCCUUUCUGAAGCCCAUCUGCUGGGACCCUGAGGACUUUGAAGACACGUGGAAGAGGCCAGAUGCCUUGCCCUGGCAAUCCAAGAAGUUGGCGAUCCCACACAGAAUGGAGAAGAAGCGGGUGCUGAAACACGGGGAGCCCGUGCUGGCCACCGCAGUCAGCAGCUUCACGCGGCACGUGUUCACCUGCGGCAGGAGUGGUGUCAAGGUGUGGAGCCUGGUCGGCCAGAUGAUAGAGGACAGGUUCCCCGAAAGCCACCUGCGUGUACAGACCCAAGGGGCCUACCUGCGCACCUGCCUGCUGUUCUCUAACAGCACUACUCUGCUGACUGGUGGCUACAACUUGACCGGUGUGAGCAUUUGGGACCUGACAGCACCCUCCCUGCACAUAAGAGAUGAGCUACCCUGUGCAGGUUUCACAUGCCAGGCCCUGGCUGCCAACCUGGAGGACAGCCAGGCCUUUGCCAGCUUCACUGAUGGGACCAUCAGGAUCUGGGACUUUCGGGACCGGAGUGUGGUCAGGGACCUGCCGGGCCCCCCGAAUGGAGCCAAGAGCAUUGUUGUCAAAGACCAGAACAUCUGGGCCGGGGGUCUGGAUGCCUGCCUGCGGUGCUGGGACCUACGGACCAGUAAGGAGCCCCAGGAAUACCACUUUGAGUCUCAGAUAAUAAGCUUAUCCCCCAGCCCCCGGGAGGACUGGGUUCUGGUGGGCACAGCCAAUGGCCAGCAGUGGCUGCAGCCCACCCGCGGGGGCCAGAAACACAUGGUGGGCUGUAAGGACAGCACCAUCCUCGGUCUCAAGUUCUCCCCUCUUGGCCAGUGGUGGGUGAGUGUCGGGAUGGACAGCCUGGUCAGCAUCUACAGCAUGCCCGCAGGAGCCAUGGUGUUCCAGGUACCGGAGCCCACCUCUGUCAUGUGCUGUGAUGUGUCCUCUGACAACCGCCUGAUCGUCACGGGAUCCAGGGACCACGCCUCAGUGUACCAGAUCACAUACUAAGGGGCUCACUACUGUCAUCUCAACUCGGGGCCCUUUCCUCCCCAAUGAAAGGGGUAGUAGUGGAGGGGCGUGAUGGGUGGGCCCGUGAUCUUUGUCAUGUGUAAUAAAGCAAUUGG